AUGGUGGAUUUUGUUUUGCCACAGGUCAGCAGCUACAUCGAUGGCUGGGGCCCACCACCUCAGGGCGAACUUGAGACCCCUUUGGGCAUUGGUGAUUUUGUGGAUCAUCUGGAGAAAUUUCCGGUGACGCGCAUCGGCCGAGUUUGCGACUUCACUGCAUCCGGGCAACGCUACCAGGCGGAAAGAAACAAAGGCAAAGGUGCAAAGGGAAUUGGCAAGGGCAAAGGCCCAGUCCAAGCUUUGCAGCCAGGCAAGGACGAGGAAGGCUUCUCGCUAGUUGACAGCCGGCCCGUCCCGGGCAAAUCGAGCGGCAGAGGGCGUUCCUCAGGAAUGAAGGGUAAAGGGAAAAGCAAAGGCAUCGCUUCCAAUUACCAGGAAGGUAUCCUGGGUCAGAAGCAGAAGCCGUACUACCAGGCAAAUCAAAAUCAAGCGAAGGGGAAAGGCAAGAAGACCACUGCUACGCGCAGGGGCAUGCCUUCCUUCAAGGAAUGGUCUGUGCAAACCAGACCAGAGUGGUCGCUCAUGAGAGAGAUCAUGCUCACGUCACUAGCCAAACUGCAGAUUGACGCCAAGUUGGUGGAGUUUGAAGACGUGCAUUGGGCCGGAAACCUUCCGACUUACUGCAAGACGUUCGACCGUGUGACGGCCAAAACCGAGCGACCUAUGAAGCGAUUUGAGGAUCUGAACUUCUUCAAUGUCACGACAUCGGAUGACCCAAUCCUGCCGGACCUGCUUCAGUCUGAUGAUUCCGUUACCGUGAUCGCAACUGAUCAUGUGCUGGCCUGCCUCGUCGCUGCAGCCAGGUCUGUGUACUCCUGGGACAUCGUGGUGUCAAAGGUAGCCAACAAGCUCAUAUUUGACAAGCGAGAUGGUUCCCAGAUAGAUUUCUUGACU